AUGUGUCGGUGGUUCGCCUACAUCUCCCCGGACGAAGAAUGCCUUUUGGAAGACGUGCUCAUCACCCCGGAACACGGCAUCGCCAAACAAGUCCACGAUCACUACCUACCGAUGCUCUUCUCGCACGUGCCCGGGGAGCAAACCUCAAAACUCGAGAUCACGCUACGCAACCGGCUCAACAACGUCGACGGCUUUGGGCUGGUAUGGUACACGCCCGUGCGCUCUUCAUUCGUCUCGGGGAUUGAUGGAGCCAGACCGGCCGUGUACAAGAACGCGCAACCACCCAACAACGACGCAAACUUCCACAGCAUCUGCGCCGGCACGUCCACGACAGCGGUGUUUGCGCACAUCCGCGCCGCGACGGGCACCUCGGUGGCGGCGAUCAACAACCACCCCUUUGUGUUUGGACGGCACACGAUCAUGCACAACGGCCUGAUCUCGCACUUCGCAGACAUCCGCCGACCGAUGCUUGACCUGAUGGAGAAGUCUGCGUACGAGAACAUCCACGGCACGACCGACUCGGAGCACCUCGCGGCACUGUACAUCACCAACCUCACCAAAUCCGUCGGUGGGGGACCCUCAAGCUGGGAACAACAAUACACACCCAAAGAGAUGCUCGACGCACUAGUCCAGGCAUUCCACACCAUCGUCCACUUACAACAAGAGACCCUGGGCGCCGAGAACGUCCAAGCCUGUUCGCUGAACGUAUGCUGCACCGACGGCCAACAAUUAAUCGCCGUGCGCCUGCGCAACCACGCCAUCGAGAACCCUCCGAGUCUCUACUACAGCACCACCGCCGGCCAGACCUUGAACAGGAAAUACCCGGACAACCCGUCGGGAACGAAGAACCCAAACGCCACCCUCAACCCAGAGGACCACGGCAAGCACGUCAUCGUGGCCAGCGAGCCCACGACUUACAAGAUCGGCGAGUGGAAGGUGAUUGAGAAGAACCAUGGCGUUUUGGUGGAUAAGGACGGGAACUGCACGGAGGAGAAGAUCGAGAUGCCCGAGGAGUUCAUGGCCCAGGCGGCUACGGGACGACAUUUCUGA